ACGCCCACCCGGAAGUAACGUAUGCGGAAGGAGCGGGGAGGGCUCGGCCGUUGGCCGGCGGGGCGCUGCCGUUAACCGCCGUUAAGCGGCCGGCAGCCAUGUUGCGCGGGCUGGGCAGCUGGCUGGGGCUGGAGCGGGCGGGCGAGGAGAAGCUGCUGCCGUCGGCCGAGGAGGGCGGCGGCCCCGCUGAGGAGGAGGAGCGGAAGCAGCGGGAGGAGGAGGAGGAUGAAGCCGUGCGGAGCCAGGAGCCGGCGGACUCGGAGGCGCUCCUCAGCCAGGCCAAGGGACUCGGCAGUUACCUCUUCAAUUUUGCCACUGCUGCCACAAAAAAGAUAUCUGAAUCUGUUGCCGAAACAGCACAGACCAUAAAGAAGUCUGUAGAAGAAGGAAAAAUCGACAGUAUCAUUGAUAAGACGAUUAUUGGAGACUUUCAGAAGGAACAAAAGAAGUUUGUCCAAGAACAGCAAACAAAAAAAUCAGAAGCAGCAGUUCCUCCCUGGGUAGACAGCAAUGAAGAAGAGACAAUUCAACAACAAAUACUGGCCUUAUCAGCAGAUAAACGAAACUUUCUAAGGGAUCCUCCAGCAGGUGUUCAGUUUAAUUUUGACUUUGAUCAAAUGUACCCUGUUGCGAUGGUGAUGUUACAAGAAGAUCAGCUUCUCAAUAGGAUGAGGUUUGAUCUCGUCCCUAAACAUGUAAAGGAGGAGGUGUUCUGGAGAAAUUAUUUCUACAGAGUGUCCCUAAUUAAACAAUCUGCACAGCUCACCGCGCUUGCUGCUCAACAGCAAGCAGCAGGAAAAGAAGAGAACAAAGGCAGAGAAGAGGAUAGUCAACUGACAGAAACAAUACGGCCAAAAACACCACCUGUUACAAUAAAGCCUCAGAUAAAAUCUCAAGAGGAUGAGGAAGAGAUUUCCACAAGUCCAGGUGUAUCAGAAUUUGUGAGUGAUGCCUUUGAUGCCUGUAAUUUGAAUCAGGAAGACCUAAGAAAAGAAAUGGAACAACUGGUGCUAGACAAAAAGAGAGAAGAGACCUCAGUAGUAGAAGAAGAGACUGCUGAUUGGGAAAAGGAAUUGCAACAAGAGCUUCAAGAGUAUGAGGUGGUGACAGAAUCAGAAAAACGUGAUGAAAACUGGGAUAAAGAAAUAGAAGAAAUGCUGCAAGAAGAAAGUUAAGCAUUUUCACAAAAUCACUAUAACCCUAAACUUUUUCUGAAAACUGACAUGGAUUUCUGCUUUCAUGUUUUGUUUCCUAAGGAUCUUCAAAAGACGUAAAAGAAUCUAAAAUUGUUAUAAUUCCAUAUUGGGAUACAACCAGUAUUUCUGUUCUUUAUAUGAGCAAUUUCUGAACUUCUUCAUUCUUUUAAAGAAAAAAAGACACUGCAGGUUAUAUCUAAUGAUUAAAAAUGAUAACAUUAGUCCAUGAAGCAACAGUUUAGUUUGAGGCAUUCUUAGCCGGUCAAGAAGCUCUGCAAGGAGAUUUCUAAAUCUAAGAAUCUCAAGUUAAGAUUGUCUGCAGCCUUCAGUUUGGGAUGUAAAAAUGGAUGUUGUAACUUAGUCCCUGAAAACAACGCUUGUACCGUGUUUGCACUCUGAUCCCUGUAUAAUCUGUAAAUGUGUAUUAUUUUAAGGUACUUGUAGCUAGUAGCUUUCAUGUGUAUUUAACUUCCUUAACAUAUGUAGCCAAAGAAUGUAUAGAAUACCCUAUCAAUUAACUUAUAAUGUUUAAAAUACUCGUUCCGACUCCAAAAGAAGUACUGGUUUAUUAUUGAUCAGAUAUGAUUAACUGACAAACAUUUAAACAAGAACAGAGUUUCUACCUUCUCGAGUUAACCUGUUGUUUUUAUUAAAUCAUCAUAUUAAGAUACUGCCUUUUCCCAUAGAGGAAAACAGUUUAAUGCAUUCUCUAUUUGGAUAAAUGCUAUGUUUCCAUUUAAUUUUGCUGAGUGAGAAGAAAUUAAAUGUUUCUUUUUAAGUGCUGAAACAUUUAUGUAGAACUUUGGCUGGUUUGGACAUCUUUAUUAAAUACUGUAGAUAUGUGUAAAAUUGGCUCAUUUAUUUGGAGGGAGGGCAUGGUGAGGGACAAAAGUUUCAGACUUAAUGCAGUUUUCAAAACUAUACUUUGUCACUGUGUUUAAGAUGUGGAGUUUAAAUAAAAAGUUUUCUUUAAAGGAUUUUUUAUCCUUAUUAGGUAUAUGGGUUUCUCCUGUAGUUUUAUCGUUAAGUCAGUUUCUUUACAUAUAUAUAUAUAUAUAUAUAUAUAUAUAAAUGAAAAUUUAAUGUUCUAUUUGUCAUCAAUUUCACAAACCAUGACAAAGCAUUCACAAAGUCCUAAAUAUGAAGGAAAAUUGGUAAAAUGAAGUAGGAGCCAUUAAGUACAAUUGAAUUAGAGCCGUGUUACUUGCAGAAAGCUCUGUCUUAAUGACAUAAUUCUGCAGAAAACUUCUGGAAAGAGACCGAGAAGAUUAUAGCUGUAAUUAUUCACUUGAUGUUCAUUCUGUGGGAAUCAAAAAGAGUUAAGUAUUUUAACUGCUGUUUACUGUAAGAAAAUACUAUUUAAAAUUGUUUUGAUUAGCAACUUGUACAGGAAGCUCUUCUGUAUUUCUCAUCAUGAAAAAUCAUUUCAAACAUGUAUAUGUUCAGCUUCCGAAAUUAGUUUUGUUAUUGCUAUACAUUUUCUCAACUACAAAUCAUCUUAAGCACAAUUUAUUUUUAUAGUGUUUUUCACCUUUAAGGCCCACUCUUCCUCUUAGUUAACAGAUGCAAAAUAAUCAUGGGGUAAGUAAGGGGUGCUUUAGGAGCUGUUUAUAUCUGGAAUUAAAGGCCACAAAUGUUAAAUCCAUCAUCCUCACUAAAAUUAGACUCUUCAAAAUUUAAUGCUUAUUCUUACAUUUCGACAAAUAAAAUUGCUCACAGAUUUAA